UCUAGUUUGUGUUCAAAAUGGCGGAGAAGUGGUCAACUUUGAUUGCAGAAUUUAUUAACGUCACCGGCGUUAAUAGGGAUAGAGCAAAGUCAUUAUUAGAUGCGACUAAUGGCAAUCUUGAAAUGGCCAUUGAGAUGCAUUUUGACUCAUGUACUACGGAGAAUCAAGCCUCGUCAUCUCUAGUCCAAGAUGGAGCCAUUGAAAGCAGUGCUUCUAGUUCAAGAUCCGACCUGCACCCGAACAGCAUGGAAGAUAAUGUGCGUGCCCCAAUUCCACAGACGAGAGGCAUCUUGGUGGAAGAACCUUACUCUUCAUUUAGUAAUCGGAAAAGAACAUCAAGAUCUGUGUUUGAUGCCUUCAGAGACUUCCAGGCAGAAGCAAGACAACAAGAAUUAGAGGCUGCUGGAGAAGCAGGUGCUUCAAAGAGAAAAACGCUAGAAGAUUUAUUCAGACCUCCCAUAGACUUACUUCACAAGGGAACUUUUGAAACUGCUAAAACAAGUGGACAACAGCAGUCUAAAUGGUUAUUAGUUAAUGUACAAGACGUCAAAGAAUUUCGAUGUCAGCAGCUGAACAGAGAUGUAUGGAGUAAUGAACAAGUUCGAAAGAUGAUCAGAGAACACUUUGUCCUUUGGCAGGUUUACAAAGAUACUGAUGAAGGAGAACGUUUUAUUCAGUUUUACCAUGUAUCAAGCUUUCCUUAUCUAGCAGUAGUGGACCCUAGAACAGGUGAGAAGCUCAUGAACUGGGGAUUUAUGGAUGCUUCAGCAUUUUGUGAAAAUGCAACAGAAUUCAUUUUCAACCACUCUGGUCUAAAAGAAGAAACUCCUCCAGCUAAACGAAAGAAAAGGGAGUCAAUUGUUGAUGCAUCUGAAGAUUCCCAACUUGAAGCAGCCAUAGCCGCUUCUCUUCGCUACUCAACCUCAACUGUUAAUGAUAAUGGCAGUCGUGAUGGUGAUGGCAAUGAUGGUGAUGAUGAUGACGAUGAUGAUCUUAGAUUUUCUGAUUCAGAAGAUGAUGAAGAAACAUGGAAACCUCAAAAAAUAUCAAAAGGAAAAACUACAAUUAACACUUUAAUGAAUAAUAAAAAUCCAAAGGACAGUACAGCUAGCACUUCAUCUAGUAAUGCUUCAAAAGACAAUGUAGAAAAUGAGAAAAAUAGUCACACUUCUUCAAGCUUGGGGGGAGUUGUUACAUGUAAGUCAGACACUGGAAAUACAAAUGAGGCAGAGGAAGCCAGCACAGGAGUAUCUUCGACAUCAUCAUCUACUGUUAGCUCUACCAUAUCGUCUAGUUAUAACAUGGAAUGCUAUAAUAAGUGGAAAAAGGAAACUGAUGAAAUGUGUAAAAUAAUGCUACGCUUUCCAAAUGGGGGAAGAAAACAAGUCUCCCUCAGUGCAGAAGCACCACUUCUGGCUCUGGUACAGUUCGUCCAGUCAGAGGGUUACCCAAAUGAAAAGUUUGAAAUGCUUACGAAUUUUCCCAGAAAAAAGUUAUCAUACCUGGACUUCACAGUAACAUUGAAGGAGGCUGGUUUAUACCCUCAUGAGACUGUAUUUGUCCAGGAACGAUGACCAUUGGAAACAUGUCCUACCGUUCUUUAAAUCCCAUGCAAUAACCAUCCUUGCACAUGAAGAUACCCAGUAUACAGCUAUUUCAGAAAAGGUUGGUGAAGGUUCUGUUGCAUGUUGUAUACCAAGCCCCAAAUGCCACUAUAGGCGAUAAGAAUAAAAUCAGCGAAAGGUCACGAUAAUGUUAGCCUGCGCUGUGUCUGGAAUUUUCUGUCGUAAAGUUUACGAGUAAAUGUUCGGAGGCACGCAGGCUACAGUAAUGUGAACUUUUGGAAUUUUCCCAAUCUUUGUAUAUGCAUUUGUUCGACAUUAUUUACAUCAUUAAUUCACAUUACAUUUAUGGAUUGGUAUGCAAUGUGCAACAAAACUUUCACCAACCUCUGUUGAAAUAGUUGUAAACAGACCAUCGCCACUCAAGGUUCUUUUAUUUGCACUGUACUAAUGCUGGGAAAACUGUUAUGUUUUCCUCCGAUCUUUAAAUCUUUAGUUUCUACUGUUACACACAUUUGAAAGCCAAAGUUGGCAAACAUGACAAGAUGGGGUUGCUGUAGAAAAAUAUUUUCUUGUACAAACCAGGUCAUGCUGUAUCCACAAAUUAUAUUGAGAACGAAUGCUCACUGAUAACAUUCCUGACAAGUUUUUCAUUAGCAUUAGUCCAUUUUCUGUUGGUGUAUGAUAAACCACAACUGACAAAGUAUAUUAUAAUCAUGUGUUAUUAUGUAAUACCUAUUCAGAAACAAAAACAUGUACAUUGUAAAAUUAAAGCUAUAUUUUAGAAA